UCUCGCCAGGGAGAGCCAGCAGCUUGAAGCAUCCAGAGCAGAAGCCGUCAACGGGAGCCAUCAAGGUUGACAUCAUGUACUCCGCAGCCCUCCUCCUGUGCCUUGUUGGGACAGCCUUUGCCUUGCCACUGAACUCCUUCAAUAAUUACGAACAGCAGCGGCCCGUAGCUCAACGAGCAGCCAUGACGAGACCAGCAAGCAUUGAAAUAACCAUGCCUUAUGGAUUUGGGCUCAAUGGGUUUGGAAAUCCUAACUUCCCCGUGAGGCAGAACGUUGAGAUCGUCCCCUCCUUUGGCUUCUCCAACCCAUUCAUGCAGCAGUAUCCCGGGAUGACAAGCAUUGAAAUCAUGUACCCCUAUGGAUACGCACCGCAGGUCCAGCAGCCGGUGGUCCCAUACUAGAGGAGCGGCAUACGGCACAAACCGGGAACGAUGACAACGGCAGUCCAGCCUUUUAGAACCUGGAACGACCACAACAACCCCCCCGUGUCCCUUUUCACCGUGUUGUCCCCAGAAGUUACAGACAGCGGCGACGUGUUUUCGUUUUUUUCCUCAAUGAUUAGAUAUGUAUAGCUGUAUAUGUACGACAGUCACUCAUCCUAAUAAACUUCAUGUUGCAUUCUA